GCGCGGCGCUGGCGCGAGAUUCGUUCUCUGGCAUUGAGGCCGGGGCGUUGGGCGACUACAGCGGUGGGAGGCGCGGCGUCUGGGCGAAAACUGAUCAAGAUGGACCGGCGAACCCGAGUGACGAAGUCGACCAGCAGCCAAGCGCCGCAUCACUCCCCGGUGGCGCCUAAGAGGGAAAGGAGGCCUAGCAUGUUCGAGAAGGAGGCAUAUGCACAGAUCUUAAGAGAAAGACUGAGAGAAUCUUUUCAUGAUGUUCAGUAUGUGGAACCUCCAUUUGAUGAUUCAAUUGCUGAUAUAGGCAAAGAAUGGAAGAGUGCCCUGGCAAAAUUAAAGUUUGCUAAUUCAUACAGAAUGGAGCCAUUGAAGAAAUUCCAAGCACAUUCAGUAGAGACUAAAAUCCAACAGAUAUUAAAGGAAAGUCUUAAAGAUGUCAAAUAUGAUGAUAAAGCCUUCUCUCAUUUGUCACUUGACUUGGCAGAUCGAGUAUUGGCAGCGGUUAAAGAAUUUGGGUACCACCGUUAUAAAUUCAUUAUAAAAGUAUUAUUUAUUCAAAAAACUGGUCAAGCAAUAAAUAUUGCCAGCAGAUGGAUCUGGGAUGUGGCAUGGGACAGCUGGGUCCAAGCUCAGCAUGAAACAGAGUCUUACCUGGCGCUGGUGUUGGUAUUUGCUCUCUACUGUGAAUAGCUCAGGGCUAAGUUUCCAAAAUAAAGGGCAUGUACAGA